UGAAGGGCAGUCAUUGUGAAGGACCCCGCCCUGUUGUGAUUGUCAGCGCUGGAUCUAUUUAUUAAUCAUCUCUAUUUCUGAUAUUUUUUUUAUUAAUUUAUAAGCGUUAAAAUGCCCUUGUUUGAAGGCUUGGGCAGUGGAGGAGAGAAGACAGCAGUGGUUAUUGAUAUAGGAGCGGCGUACACAAAAUGUGGUUUUGCUGGAGAGACGGGGCCGAGGUUCAUCAUUCCCAGUGAAAUUAAACACCCUGGAUCUCAGAAGGCUGUUUGUGUCGUCCAGUACAACAUCAACACAGAGGAGUUGUAUGCUAUUCUGAAGGAGUUCAUUCAUCUGCUGUACUUCAGGCAUUUGCUUGUGAAUCCUCGUGAUCGUCGUGUGGUGAUCAUUGAAUCCAUCCUGUGUCCAUCGCACUUUAGAGAAACACUCUCCAAAGUCUUCUUCAAACAUUUUGAGGUUCCGUCGGUGCUGUUUGGUCCGAGUCACCUGAUGUCUGUUAUGACUCUGGGCGUUCAGUCUGCUCUCGUGAUGGAUUGUGGCUACACCGAGACUCUGGUGUUACCAAUCUAUGAAGGGAUUCCGAUCCUGUCAGCCUGGGAAGCGCUGCCAAUGGGAGGAAAAGCCAUUCAUAAGGAGUUGCACAGUCUGUUGUCCGAGCAGUGCACGGUUGACACAGACGCUGGCACAGGCCUCAAUCUGCCCUCCGUUAUUAAUGCUGUUUCGGAGGACGUUGUGGAGGAUAUUAAAGUGCGGAUGUGUUUUGUUAGCGACUUGCAGAGAGGCAUGAAGAUCCAGGAGGCCAAAUUUAACAUAGAUGGAUCAGCUGAGAGACCUGCUCCUCCUCCAGAUGUAGAAUAUCCAUUAGAUGGCCAAACGAUUCUUCAUGUUAAAGGUUCCAUCAGAGAUUCUGUGGCUGAGAUGUUGUUUGAACAGGAUAACGAGGAGAAAUCCAUUGCCACUCUGCUGCUCGACACUUUGGUUAAGUGUCCCAUUGACACUCGUAAGGUUCUGUCAGAGAACUUGGUGAUAAUCGGUGGAACGGCCAUGCUACCUGGGUUCCUGCACCGCUUGCUGGCUGAGAUCCGCACACUGGUGGAGAAACCGAAGUACAGAGAUGCUCUAGCUACCAAGAGCUUCCGUAUCCACAGCCCACCAGCAAAACCCAACUGCACUGCCUGGUUAGGAGGUGCUAUAUUUGGAGCUUUGCAAGAUAUCUUGGGCAGUCGGUCUGUGUCCAGAGACUACUACAACCAGACGGGCCGCAUCCCGGACUGGUGCUGUCUCAGUAACCCCCCACCUGAUUUAGUUUAUGAGGCAGGAAAAACCCCCCCACCUCUGAUGAAAAGGGCUUUUUCCACCGAGAAAUGAACCACACUCUGUACGUCCUCUGUCUGUCUGCUCAUUCACAGAUGCUCUUUUAUGUUUACGGCAUAUUACCAACAGAAAUGACACAUUUUUCAUGUUUCUUGUUCUGUAAUAAUCUAAAGUCCAUCAGACUUGUCAGCUGCACUUAAGAUGAAGACUGGGACAAAACCACUAGAGGGCGAUCAGCAUCAUAACAGAUCAUCUGCAGGCCUCUGCAGUACUAAUAUAUGGUUGUGAAUGUAGCAGUGGUCUUGUACAAAAAUCUUUAAAUAGAAACGUUAAAGGAAAUGAGAGAGAAAUGUGCCACUUCAGCUUUUUUUUGUAAAACUCUUGGCAGAGCAUGCCAUUUACCUGGCCUGAACAAUUUCUGCUAUUCUCGGUAAUGCAUGAAAUUUAGGUCAGUUUCUUUUUUUAAACAUCUGUGUCUGUUCUAAUGCAAGCAAAGGACAUGGAAGGUAACUUGAUAGAUGUCAAGAGAAAAUAAAUCCAAUAUAUAUUAUCAAUUAUAUUUAACCACAGGUUUUGAAACUUUCAGUGUGUUGAAAAGGUGUAUUUAUUUGGUUUCUAAAAGAAUAAACAUUCCAAAAAUA